UUUUUUAGUUAUAUAAAAAUUGUUUAAAAAUUUCAUUUGAAUAGCUGUGAACAUUCCUCUGUAGCUAAGGCAGAAAAUAGAUGGGUUAAAAAUCCUCCUUCUACAUUUAUUACCAAUCAAAAAAUAAUAUCUAGAUCAGAUGCUCAGUAUGGUGUUUCAAAUGCUAAGAAUACCAAAACUGAGAUGGAGAAAUCUUUAGAUUGCAAAGUGAUGAGCAGUUCCAAAACUAUGCCAUUAUGCUUUAAGGAUAAAUCAGUCCAGAAAUAUCAUUUGUUAAAAGAAAAAAAUGAAGACUUGGGUAUACAAAUCACUGGUGGAAAAGGCUCACAAUUACGUGGAAUUUAUAUAAGUCAUCUUUUAGAUGGAGGUGUAGCAUAUCGUCACGGUCGUCUUAAAGUAGGCGACGAGCUCCUCUUUGUUAAUGGGUAUCCAUUAAUAUCAGCUACACUGCAAGAAGCAAUUACUAUUUUGAAAUCAAUAGCAAAUCCGAUUCAAGUUAUCAUUAGUCGACCGAUAAAUACAAAUGCAAAUGUUAAAGAAUCUCCUAUUAAAACUAACAAAAUUUAUUUAACAAAUGAGAAAGAAAAUAUUACAGAAGUUACUAAAUCAGCCAUUCGUGAAAUAAUUCUUUAUAAUGAAGAAGAAAAACUUGGAUUUUCUAUUAUGGGUGGAAGGACUCCCAUGCAAUCUGGAAAGAUAUUUGUAAAGAGUAUAUUACCAGGUGGUAUUGCAGCAGCAGAUGGUAGGCUUAAAAUAGGAGAUGAAAUUAUAAAAGUAAAUAAUAAAGUACUUUCUGGUUUGACUCACCAAGAAGCUGUUGAUUAUUUUAAGUCACUUCAAAAAGGCUGUGUCAGGCUUCUUGUUAAACCAAGAAGUGUUAAUGAAAAUGAUAACUCUGCCCUUUAUACUGUUCUUCUCAACAAAGUUCCAGGAAAAGGUUUAGGAUUUGGAAUUGGUCCCCAUAACAAAAAGAAAGACGAAAUUGUAAUAAAAUAUAUUGCAAAAAACUCGGAAAUGUAUAAAAAAGAUGUCAGGUUAAAAGAUCAGUUAUUAUCAAUAAAUGGCAUGUCUGUUGCUAAAUUAUGUGUUGAUGAGACUUACAAAUUGCUGAGAAGUUUAAAGCCUGGACUUGUACAACUUGAACUGAAAAGAAAAUUUGAAAAUAAUGAUGCUUUUUUUGGUUCAGAUUUAGAUGGCUGUAUUUCUCAGAAAACUGAAUUAUCUGCAUCCCCGGAGGAACAUAUGUUGAACUCAUUGAUGUCACCAGCAACUCCUGUGAAAGGCAUUAGAAAUAACAAUCCAACCUCUGUAGUAUCUUUGUACGAAUCUGGAAUCUCUGAUGAAGAAAACUCAAUCUCAUCAAAUGCAAGUUUAAAUUUUGAUGAUAAUGUUGAAUCUAAUUUUCAAAAUAUGGAAGUUCACCACUCAUUUAUUAACAAGACUAAUAACAUUUGGUGCAGUUCUGAUGACAUUAAUACUGAUUUAGCAGCAAAUGAUGCCAAUAGUAAUGUCAAUAUUCUUCAGAAAAAUCAGGUUCAUAAUUCUAUCAAAGAAAAUCUUGAUUAUCUAAUACUAGAGCGAGAUUUAAAUGGCAAUGUCGGUUUUGGUAUAAAGAUAAGAAAAGAAGCAAACGGUUUUCAAGUUUUAGUCAAAUCAGUUGUUGAAGAUGGUCCUGCCUAUUUAGCUAAAGGCAGCAAAUUUGGUGGAUUAAGAGUGGGUGAUCAAUUAGUUCAAAUUAAUGACAAAUUGUUGCGCAAUUUAAACACUAAACAAAUUAUAAAUGUGUUUAAGAAUAUGCCAAAAACGAGCAUCAUUGCAUUAAAAAGGAAACUUUUAGAUGAUAUUGGUGAUGAGACUUUAAACAUGCCUAACUAUGUUCAUGAUUUUCCCAAAUUUAAUUUGGACCAACAAUUCAUUGAUAAUAAAAGUUUAAAGAAAAAAAAAGAGAAUUCAAUUGAUACCAAGAAGUCAUUUACGUACGGAUCCUAUAAUGAGAUUACCCCUGAGAUUGUUCCAUUUGGCUAUAAAGUUUAUCAGUUUUCAAUAAACAAAAAUGAUUUUACUGGUUUUAAGCUUGCUCCAGCAAGUAAAUGUCAUGGAUUUUAUCAGCUUCAAAAUAUGUUAUCUGGAAAACUAGCUAUAAAAAGUAAUUUGCUUCAUGGUGAUAUCCUUUAUUCUAUAAAUGGUAUCAUAAUGAGUUCUUUCAGUCAUUUACAAGUGCAGCAAAUUCUUAAGCAGUGUGUUAUGUUGGCAGAAGUCAUUGUUUUUAGAGAGUAUGAUGUUUUAAGUUCUUCAGAAUGUUUGAUUAAGAAUGCAUCUUUUAACGCACCUUUCAGUGAAAAUAAGAUCACCAGUAUUGAUAGACUCCCAUCAAACAAAUUUUAUAUGGAUGAAGAGGAAUCUGAUGGUUCUUUUUGUGGUGUUAAUAAUUUACCAGAAUGCAUUUCAGUUAACUCUCGCCCUACAGCUGGCCCUUUUCUUAUUGAAUGCAAUAAAACUUUUAAAUGUUUAGGCUUAGAUGUUAUGGUGGAUGAAAAUGGGGACUGUGUAAUUACAAACAUCAAUCCUGCUGGAAUUCUUGCUAAAAAUGACUUGAUAAGAACUAACGAUCAUCUUAUUGCAGUUAAUGGCCAAUUGGUUACUGGUAAACCUGUAUCAUUCAUUAAAGAUUUGUUAAGAAACAUUCCUCGUGGUAAAGUACAAAUUAUAUUUUGUGCAACACAAUCAAGUUUAGAAAGAAAUGCAAAUAAUGAUGUCAGUUCUACACUGAAUAAAUUAGCUAAUGUUUCGAAGACAGGUAAAGUAGAUAAUGUAUGUAAAGCAAAUAAAGACCCUUAUUAUCACAGCAAUGGAAUUCAACAGAAUUUUUCAAAUCAAGCCAUAGCAGAUGAUGCUAGUGAUAUGGCAUCGCUUCCUCCUGCUCCCCCUUGUCCAGAGUUUCAGCAUGUUGAUUGCAAUAAUAAUCCAUUGAGUAAGGAAUGCUUAGAUGAUGACUUAGAAAGCAUGUUUAGCAGUGUACCUGCACCCCCUCCACCUAUCAAUUUUCAGUCAAAGAAAAUCGUUGAUACUGAAUUUAAUGAAAACAUUCGCAGUACAAAGUCUAAUAGAGUUCUAGAGAAAAAUUCAAGUGUAUGUUUUUUUGAAAGAAAGUCUCAAAAAUCGAUGAAGUGUAAUAUUACUGACUCUGAGGAAGGUUACUCAAGUGAUAGUAGUAAUGGCACAUCUACUAAAUCAGAAACUAGUUUAGGUGAUGAGAGUAACAUUUCGUUACCAGCUUCUCCUUCAUUUAGAGUUACUAAUGUUGACUUGACUUAUUUGCAUCCACCUAAUAUGAACAAGGUAGAGUCUAUCAAUUCAAAGAAUUUUACAAAACAAGAAUCAAAAAGAAUAUACGAACAAGUUGACAGUUUUUCUAAAAGUUUGAAACCUGAUCUUAAAUUAAAACCUGAUAUUAUAUUAUGCUCAGAUAUUAAUAAAAAGGAUGUUGAUAUGAACCUAGAUGAUGGUGAUAUUAUCAAAUAUUGCCCUCAAUCUUUUAACACAAAAGAAAAUUUUACUAAGAAAAAGAGUUUUUUAUCGAAAUUAAAAUCAAAAGUUUUGCUUCCAAACAAAAGUUCAUUAAAACAAAGUGAGCAAGUAAAGAAUUCAAACCAAAAGGAAAAUUUUAAUUCUGAAAGCAUGGACUAUAAAAAAUCUUCAACUCGCCAAAGUUUAGUCCAAACAUCAGAUAAUAUGCUUUCUGGCAAUAAAUCUCCAACAAAAUUUGAAGGUCUUAACUUUAACCCAAAUUUUGCUACAUUAACACAAUCUAUUGAUCAAAUACCUAAAAGUACCUUAGUUUGUGGUAGAAUUGAUGUACAAGAUGGUCAGCAAGAUAUACAAAAAGAUUUAAUCUGUUACCCAUCAUCACCAUCAUCAAACAGUCAAAAUAAAAGCAGCUACGCAGCUGAAGGUCCCACAGCUCUUACAAAUCUUUAUAACUCUGAUAAAGUAGAACUAUAUUCCGAGGUAAACCAUGGUUUUGACAAAAUAGCUUCUCCAUACAUAAAUACUCAGCUAACAGCAUAUAAAGUAAGCAUGGAUCGUUCAACAUCGAUGUCUACAUGCUUAAACAAAAGUCUGAGCCAAUCAAAAGAAAGCCUUUCUAGCUUAUAUUCAAAUGAAAGUAAAAAACGUGCACCCUCAUUGCAGGAACUAUUUUUUCCUCCACCUCCACUUAGUAAUGACGUUGAUGAAGAUAGUCCACCUAACUCAAUGCCUGAAAAACUUAAAAAGAAUAGUGUCUCAGAAACAAAAAACCAAGAUCAAAUGAUUACAAGAAGCCAAAAUGCAAAUGUAAUGUGUGAUAAGUUAAUACACUCUAUAAGUAAUGCAAACAUGAUGCUAAAUAGCGAUUCAAUAGAUAACAGACAAUUUAUUUACACAAAAAAACUACACGUUGAGAAUGAUGAAAAGCUAUCUUUAUAUAAAAAUCCUAUUCCGAAACCACCUCGGAGGUACAGUCAUGAACAAAAAGCCAACUUUGAAAACGUUGAAAGAAAUCAAGACAAAAACAAUAAUAACAAUUUAAGCAACGUUAAUUCUUUGUCAAACGAGUACCAAAAUAUAAGUUGUUUGGAAGAUGGUUUUCAAGAUGCUUCUUCUAUUUCUUCUGAAAAAAAAUUUUUUGAUUCAACUGAAGAUAUAAAUAAUAUGGAAGAACUUUCAGUCAAAAUAUCACCUAAAGAUGUUAACCAACUUUACGCGUCAGUAGAUUUUAAUAAAAAAAUAUCAUCACAGACAAUUUCUAAAAAUGAACUCACUAGGCUUACUCAAAGUGAAAUUCAAAAGGAUAAUAUGCGCACAAAAAAAGCGUCUAACGAGGAAGGCACGUUUCAAAUUGAGCUUUUAAAGGAACGUGGAAAAUCUCUUGGGAUUGUAAUAACGGGAGGUAAUAACACAAUUGCAAAGCUAGUCUUGAUUAAGGAGGUAAGCAAGAACUCCAUAGCAAAUCGAUGCUCCAUACCAUUGUUACCUGGGGAUGAAAUAAUAGAAGUGAACGGUCAAAAUGUUACCGGUUUGAGUCACAACGAUGUUUUGAAUACUCUUAAAAACGCUCCACCUCUGUUGAAUUUAAAAAUUAAUAGAAAGUCGCAUCGCAAUAAAGAAUUAUUAACGCUUUUAGAAAAUGAAACGACUUUACCGAAAAUGAACACUGGUAAUUUUCUUUCUAAUCUUAAAGAUACAACUCAAAAUCAAGUUAAAAGUGAAUUGGUGAGAAUUAUGUCACCUACGAGUGUUAACGCAAAAAAACAAAGUUUGUCGGUGGAGACUUUUGACGCAAAUAAUUUAGAUAGUUCAAGAAAAGUUGUUUUUAGUACUCCGCCUAUACCCCCUCGGCGUUAUAACAGUUUACCAAGGUCUAAAUCGUCACUUUCCCCCAAAACGAAUAGAUCUUACACAAACGAAAAAGACAAUGCAUUAAAUAAUACCUUCUGUAGUGACUCUCGUUUAAGCAAUACGUCUCUGAGCAGUAAUAGUCUCAAUGAGUCGUUAGUCGAUAAUUUAGAUUGCCGUAUUUUGAUAGAAAUCGAUUUGCACAAAACGCAAGGAAGAGGAUUGGGUAUUGGUGUGUAUGGUGGUCCAAAAUCAAUUAUAACAGAAGGUAUUAAGGUUAAACGACUUAUACCUGAAAGCAUUGCUGGAAUGGAUGGCAGAUUAAAGGGUGGCGAUCUUAUAAUUGCUAUCAAUGGUACUCCAUUAAGAGGUUUAACUCAGGGUGAUGCUCUAGGGAUACUCAAAACUAUUCCUGAUUGCAUUUUACUCAAAGUUUUGCGCAAUGGAACAACGAUCAAAAAAAAUGACGGGUCUCUUGACAAAAGCCGGUCUCGUUCUCAAAUUCCUUCAGGGUAUCAACCAAGAAGCAAAAGUGUCGAAGAUAUACGACAUAGAAGUUUGUCGUCACUUUCGCCUAAAUGUCAUGCCUCCACUGAUUGCAUAAAUCAAAAAGACGUGAAAAUAAAGAGAAAAAAAUCUUUCAUUGAAAUUCUGUCUCGCAGUUUCAGUAAAGGAUCACUAAAGCCCGACUUAUAUACCGUGUAUUUAGACAAGGAAUGCGAUCAGUUUGAUUUUACGUUGGAUGGUGGUAAAGAUACAAUAUAUGGUCUUACACCUAUAACAGUAAAAAAUGUAUCCAAAAAAAGUACUCUAAGUAAACAAAUAAAACAAGGUGAUCAGUUGCACAGCAUUCAAGGUUUGUCUGUCAAAGAUUUUAAGUUAGAAGAAGUCUAUCAGUUUUUAAGAAGUUUGCCUAACGGAAGAGUGUGCAUGACUUUAGUAAGAUAAAAAUGUAAAUAGUAAUAAUGUAAAUACGAAUCAUAAGGGUGUUUAAAAUGUUUUUUUAUCAUUGAAACAUUAUAUUCAAUAUAAGUUAUUAUAAAAAUGUGAUGUAAAAAAAUUAAUUGAUAAUAUAUUUUGUAUUAUAUGAAUAAAAAUUAU